AGAUGAGUACUAUCACAGAACAAUAAUAGACCGGUAGUCGACACUCCGUUAAAUACGUAUUAUACCAAUAAAGUACCUAUACGUUCCCCCACGGCCGAAACGAAUAUUAAUGUUAUUAUUCACGACCGGAACCCGAAGGGAAAGUUGAAAAGUUAGUUCAUGUAAGGACGUCCGAGAACAGCAAGUAAUUCAUAGAACUUCGACUGCGUCCCGUUUUGUCCCGGUCACACUUGGCAGAAAAGAAAUAAAAUGGCAGCUAACGAUAAAAGUAAAAAGUUUUCACGAUGGUAUUUUGGUGGUAUUGGUUCGGCUGGUGCUGCAUGUUGCACACAUCCAUUGGACUUACUCAAGGUACAUUUACAAACACAACAAGAAGGUAAACUGUCCGUCAGCCGUUUGGCAAUGAAAAUCAUCAGAGAACAAGGGGUAUUCUCACUGUACACAGGUAUUUCAGCGUCAUUGUGUCGACAACUGUCAUAUUCAACUGUACGAUUUGGAAUAUAUGAGGUUGGGAAACAAGCAAUGACCAACCCUGGUGAAAACAUUCCGUUCUAUAAAACGGUGCUAUUGGCUUCUGCUGCUGGGGCAGCUGGUGGGUUUGUUGGAACCCCAGCUGAUAUGAUUAAUGUGCGAAUGCAGAACGACGUAAAGUUACCACUGGAAAAACGCAGAAAUUACAAGCAUGCUUUUGAUGGUUUUUUACGUGUUUGGCGAGAAGAAGGGUUUACCAGAUUGUUUUCGGGCGCAUCAACAGCUACAAUGCGUGCCGUUUUAAUGACUGUUGGACAGUUAUCAUUCUAUGAUCAAGUGAAACAACUAUUGUUAUCAUCUGGACAUUUUGAUGACAACUCUACUACACACUUUUUAUCUAGUCUUACUGCUGGCGCUGUUGCAACAACCCUUACUCAACCGUUGGAUGUGCUAAAAACUCGGGCAAUGAACGCCAAACCAGGCGAAUUUUCAGGUACACUUGAUUUAGUUAGAUAUACUGCAAAGCUUGGACCAAUGGGAUUCUUUAAGGGUUACGUUCCAGCAUUUGUGAGACUGGCUCCUCAAACAAUUCUUACAUUUGUCUUCUUGGAACAGUUACGAUUGAACUUUGGUUACUAUAAAGCAUAAUAAAUUGCGAUGAGAAAAACGUAGUAACAUGCAAUAUUUUCAUGAAGUCUUAAUAUUUAUGUUAUUGACAAAAUAUAUUUUUAUUUAUUCAUUAUUCAAUGAUACGUUAGAAGCAAUAAUUACUAGGUAUGAAUAUUAUUUUUAAAAAUCAAUGCUGAACAAAUUCUAAUAUGAGUAUUUUGGAGAGGGUUGGCUAAUUAUUAACAUAUUUUUAUUUAAGCACUAAACAGUGUUCAUUAUUAUAUGUUUAAUACCUCAUAGAUUAAAAAAAAAUUAGAUAAACUUAGAUAACUUAUAGACUUUGCAACCAAAGCAAUAAGAUUUGUAACAAAAUCAAAAUGUUUUUUUAUACAUAUUAUUAUGAUAACAACAUACAAAAAUUGCGGAAUUUUGAUUUGUUUAAUAGGUAUUGAUUUUCUUAAACUUUUAUAACUUAUUAAACAAAUUAAUAAUCAUUCUUAUUGUAUAUUUAAAGCUAAUCUGCUAUAAUAUGUUUUUCUAAAAUUAGUAUGUUCAUAUUUUGAAUUUACAAAAAUAAUUUUUGAACUUCCAAAAGUUGCCAAAUUUUUAUUUGUUAAUUUAUAUUAACAUUCCUGAAGCCUUUUAGUAUACUUAAAGUUUAUUGAUAUAAUAAAUUAACAUAACUAUAUACACUAAAUGAUUCUUAAUUUGGGUCCAACUUAAGUAUACAAUAAAAAAAGUCAAUAAUAAUGGAUCCCAAAUAUCUUUAGUUUUCUAUAUUAGAAACUAAUAAUAUGUUUUGAAUUUUUUAAAUCGAAUGGUUAUUAUUAUUUUAUUUUUUUGUUAAUUAUGACUAAGUUAAGAGAUGUUAACAUUCCUUUAAGAAAAAAUGUUUUUAGACUAGUAUACAAUUUUUUUGAAACAUACAAAUGUAUACUUUUAUUAUGUGAAAUGAAUUUGAUCUUAUACUUGAUAUUAAUUGGAUUAUAAAUUCACUUUUAUUUGUGACGUGUUAAUAAAUUACCAAAUAGAACAAAUUCAUGUAUUAAUAAUGUACUGACCUUAAAAUGUUAAAAAACAAAUAUGUUUUAUUUAUUUAUUUUAGAACUGUUAAUCACUGUUUUAGAUUUAAUGUUUUGAUUUUUGAAUGAUUAUAGUAUUUGUUUUUCUCAAUGUAAAUUAUUGUUGUCAACAUUCUGGAUGCGCUGCAUAAAAAAAAAAUUCUGAUGUAACUUUGUAAGGUUUUUAUAACAUUAUAUUAAUUUGAGUUGAAAUAUUAAUAAAUAUUAAAUACAGUUAUGUCUUUUUUUACAACUGAACAUACCAAUAACGAUAAAAAUGUUGAAUUAUCCAUUAUGUUGUACUAAGUACUACCAAAUAUUUUUCAUAUGUACAUUUAAUUCUAUGAAAUUCUGUUACAUCUUUCAGUUUUUGGCAAUGAUAAAUAAUUUUUUACAUUAAUAAGAUGCUUCACCUGCAUGGGGUUGUCUCUGUUUUACAAACGCAUAACAUAGCAAAUUGUACGUUCUGAAUAACCCAUUUAACUCUGUAAUGUUUAUUAUUGGAGCAAAUUGACCUAGUUAUUAUCAAAUAAAGAAUUAAGAAUAUUAUCUAGUAAA